AUGGGCAUACUCUGCAUUUCAAUCCUAGACCGAAAUCAGGAGAGUGUUUAUAUGAAGGAAAGCAGUUCUAGCCUCCGUGAGUUUUUCUUGCAGUUGAUCCAUAAUAAUAUCCUGAAGAUUGAGGACAGGUAUUAUGUGCAGCGCUGUGGAAUUCCCCAGGGAUCUAUUUUAUCAAAUCUGCUUUGCAACCUCUGCUAUGGAGACAUGGAGAAUAAGUUACUGUGCAAUGUGCAAGAGGAUGGAUUACUGAUGCGUUUAACGGAUGAUUUUCUGCUUGUUACACCUCAUCUAGAACAAGCAAAAACAUUUCUGAGGACUCUAGCCAAAGGCAUUCCAGAGUAUGGCUUUGUUAUAAAUCCAUCUAAGACUGUAGUGAAUUUUCCGGUGGACGAAAAUGUUCCAGGUUGCUUGGAGUUCAAACAAUUGCCAACUCGUUGUGUUAUCCCAUGGUGUGGAUUGUUAAUUAAUACACAGACUCUUGAAAUUUACUGUGAUUACUCCAGUUAUGCUUAUACAUCUAUCAGGUCUAGCCUGACUUUCAAUUCUACUAGAAAAGCUGGUGUGAACAUGAGAAACAAAUUGCUUGCAGUCUUGCAGCUAAAAUGUCAUCCUUUAUUUAUAGAUUUACAG